CAGAGAUUGGAACGUUAGGUUCAGGUAAGGAAAGGUAGGCAACAGUCGUUACUUCCCAGCGAAGACUCAUACCUCCUUCGCUUUUUACCAGCUUAUUCUCUGAAUUAUUCUUCAAAUCAUUCUCUGCAAUAUACAUCACAAUGACUGAACAGCAGCCAACUAUGCGCAAGACACGCUUCGUCUGCGUCUCCGAUACGCACAAUGCCUCUCCCAACGGAGCAUUCAAAUUACCAAAGGGUGAUGUCUUAAUACAUGCUGGAGAUAUGACGAAUCAGGGUUCAAUAUCGGAGUUGAGAAAGACAGUCAAAUGGGUAGAAGAAGCAGACUUUGAGGCUAAGAUAGUCAUUGCUGGAAACCAUGAUAUUACCCUCGAUUCAGGAUUCUAUGCUCAAUAUGGAUCCUACUUUCAUAAUCAACACCCUCAAGAUCCCGCAGAAUGCCAACAACUCCUCGAACAAUCGGCCUCCAUCCGUUGGCUCAGGCAUGAAUCUGCCACGAUCAAGCUCGAUUCACCUACUGGACCGCGGACUACCUUCAAGAUCUUUGGUUCUCCAUUGUCACCAGAGAAUGGCAUGUGGGCAUUCAGAUACAGACCAGAGGAAGCGGUUCAUGUCUGGGAUCAGAUCCCCCUCGAUUCGGACAUUGUUAUGACACAUACACCGCCAAAAUAUCAUUGCGACGAAACUGGGCAACGUCGAUCUGCUGGUUGUGAGAGUCUACGUAAUGCUUUAUGGCGUGUACGACCUCGAUUGGCGAUCUGCGGACAUGUUCAUGAGGGCAGAGGGGCAGACCGUGUGCGCUGGGAUCUUAGGUCUUCCAAUCUCAAAUACAAAGAGGAGAGUGUUCAACGGUGGGAAGAUCCUGGCCGAGAUAACAAGAAAAUGUCCUUAAUCGACCUCACCUCGAAAGGGAGCAACGCACUUGACAAUGAUGGGUCCAAUGGAGAGAUUGUUGAGUCUUCGCCAACGCUCUCGACCUCGCAAGCCCCGAUUGUUCCCGUUGUCAAUUUACAGCAACGUUCUUCGAACGUCGCAAUAUCGCGGAUCGCAACGAAUCUACUGGCUCUUCCCGCCGAGACUCUUCCUGCAGCAACUCGAGGCCACGGAGGCUGCCCACCAUCGUUGAGGUGUGAUCUGGAAGCUCUGUCCGGAAGACUUGGACGUCGAGAAACAUGCAUAAUCAAUGCAGCCAUCAUGACAUCAAGCUGGCCUCAUGGUUCCGGUGGCGGCAAGAGGUACAAUAAGCCCAUAGUUGUUGACAUCGACUUGCCUGUGUGGGGAGAAUAA